GUUCACGGUUUUAUCUUGAAAGUGAUAACCGGAAGUUUUUUUUCUUCUUUCCGGUAAUCGGGGGAAAAAAUGGCGAUGCCCAUGAGGAGGACGCUGGUGGUCCUUCACAGAGCAACAUGCAGCAGUCUUACGAACGCCGAGGCGUCUCUGGGUGUGAGGCACCCAGUCCCACUUUUCCUGCCGGUCCGGACCAAGAAGCGGUACUUUAUCCCUCCAACGGUGGGGAUGAAGGGGAAGAUGCAGGGGAGCAUGGAGGCCAAGAGCCGAGCGACGGGCGUAGUCAUCCGACAGGAGUAUUUUGAGAGGCCCAUCAACAUCGCCUGCACUGCGGGAAUCUUUGAUCCCUACAUCCCCCCAGAGGGUGACGCUCGUCUUUCCACUCUGUCUAAAGAGGGCCUGAAACAACGGACUGAACAGAUACGACAGAGCGCUGCCUCACAGCUAGCGAUUCGUAAAAUCAAAGAGCACGACUCUCUGUUCUCAACGAAGGAUUUUGCAGAGCGAGCUCAAGAAAUCUUCAUCGAGGCUCACAACGCUCUGACACAGUUUAACAAGGAGAAACUUCACUCCUUGUUAACAGAGAGGUGUUAUCCGGAGAUGACGAGGGGGAACCGCUACAAGACGAUUCGCUGGAGGUUUGUCGAGUCCCUGGAGCCACCCAGAGUGGUCCACGCCCGCUGCCCCGACAUGGUCUCCAAAGGCAACCUGUACGGCCAGGUGACGGUUCGAAUGCACUCCAAACAGACUCUGGCCAUCUACGACCGCUUCGGGAGGCUGAUGCUGGGCAGCGAGGAGCAGCCGAAGGACGUCCUGGAGUACCUGGUUAUAGAACGACACCUCGUCAACCCCUACGGCCGGUGGAGGUUACACGGAAAAAUAGUGCCAUCCUGGGCUCCUGCCAAAGACCCAAUUAUUAAGACCGUCAUGAUUCCUGGUCCGAAGCUGUGGGCCGGACAAGAGCUCGAUGCCGUCAACAAUGAAGUUCCCAAACCAGCGGCAGUACAGUGGUAUAAAUAGGCCACCAGAUGGCGCUGCUCUUUCGAUUAAACCACAGGAGGACAUUAGCACCAGCCGUGGGCCAAAUGCCGUUUAAAAUUUGGCCAUGAUUGGUUAGUUUGUCCCCUUUGGCAGGAAACCAGGCUUCCUUUGGAGCCUUUUCUGUCUUUUCUGUUUGGGAAAAAAAGGCUUUUGGCUGUUCAGAUGGUGGAAGCAGCAGGUGAGUUGUAGGAUGAACAAACCGCUGUGUCCCGAAGCCAAUAAAGCUGCUUCGCACUCUACAGAAAAUCAUCAUCACACACAAGUCUGGAACAGUAAUAACAGCUCUUUUCAUGACUUCAGCUCGCUGUCGUUUCACACAUUUUUAUGUUUUCUUUAUGAGACUAGUUUAAUGUGUACAUGUAAAAAAUAAAAAUGUACAGAUCUCCAGAAACUGUAUGGUUUAUUUCUGUGAUGAAUAUACUGCGUGUUGACCUCAGGAAAUACAAAAAUAAAGUGUCCCAUCUGCUUUUCUUCA